AUACAUUUUCAUGAGUUUACAGCAGCAACAACAACAAAACGAUAAUAAGAAUUCUGAUAAAAACGAACCUAAUCAUAAAAAGCCUUUAAAAGUAAUAGAAUAUAAGCCUUUAAAUAAAAAGGGGGCAAAAUGGACAAGUAAUGACACUACUCAAAAAGCUAAUCAUGAGCAACAGCCUUCUUGUAUUCAGCUAACAUCUACUAUAAAGGAGGAAAGUUCAACAGCACCUAUUGGCCAUUAUCAACUCAUUCAUCCUGCAAUGGUGAAAGAUAAAUGGACAGAUGAUAGAAAAAUUUGUUUGCUUGUAGAAUAUCGUAAAAGGUAUUCUCUUAAUGAAGAAAAGGUGAAGGCUUGGCAGCAGAUUAUUGACGUUGUUAAUGAUCAAUUCAAACAGCUGAUGCCCAUUACUAUUAAGGAUGCGGAAAAGAUGGUGAAUACUCUUAUGAAUUUCUACCGUCCCUUUUUUGCUAAUCGUAUAGUAGAAGAAAGUGCUUCUUGUACACAUUAUAGUCCAUUAUGUCAACUGGAAUUACAUGCAUAUCUUGCCUAUCAGGAAGAACUUAAAUAUGAUGAAAAUGUUAAAAGACAAGCAAAACAACAGCCAAAUAAUAAUAGUAACAAUAUAAAAAGAAGGAAAGUAUCAGAGGAGUGUGCUAAUGGAUCAUUGUCAGUAACUAGUCAUGGAGAUGAAAGAGAUCAUCAAUCUGAAUACCAUUCUUCGAGUAUAAUCGAGACGAAGCUUAUAAAAAUACUUGAUAAAAAUGAAGAAACAAAUCUUCAGUUUCAAAGAGAAGUUUUAUCAGGUUUAAAGGAUAUCAAACAUUGCUUAGAAAUCAUAGCAAAAAAUCAAGAAAUUAUGAUUUCAAAGCAGUGUUAACGAUACUACUUUUUAUUGUAGAAAGAAAGAGAGAGAAAAAAAAGGAGGAAGCUUAUCCAUAUAUGUUUAUAUUACUUUUAUAUAUUUAAGAAGGAUUUAUAUAAAUAUAUGUACACACAUAUAAAUAUAUAAGUAUGUAUGAAUGCAUGUAUAUAUUAUCAGUUUUGC